AUGGUGACUGCAGACAAAAUUUUGAGUUUGGAAAGCGAAGCAAUAGAAAUGAAACCAGAGUUCAAUGCAAUGAACAUCUUGUAUAGCCCCAGACACAGGUUCCUCUCACCCUUUACCCUCUUCACCCAACGCCGAUGGAAGAAACCCACCGUUUCCGCCCAAACCCGUUUGGAGGACAGAGUACGAGACCCCCACUUCGAGAAACUCAUUACCCACCUCAAAAGACUCUACCUUGUCCUCAAAAUCCACCACCUCAUGUCCACCCGCAAGCGCGGUCCCUUCGUCUCGCUCACCCUCCUGUCCCGCUGGAGAAACAUCAUCGGACUCAACGUCCCUGUGGGCUCCUUCCUCCACAAAUACCCUCACGUGUUUGUCCAUCCUCUGAGGAGGAACACGUGCUGUAGGGUCUCAAAAAAGAUGAAAGAAUUGAUCUUGCUUGAAGGGAUGGUGAUGAAGCAGCAGGAGGUGGAGGCUGUGACGAGGGUGAAGAAAUUGCUGAUGAUGUCUGUGAGUGGCACUCUUCGUUUGCACGCUUUGAGGAUGAUCAGAAGAGAACUAGGUCUCCCUGAGGAUUUCAGAGACUCCAUUCUUGGGAAAUUCAGUGGGGAUUUUAAAUUGGUUGAUUUGGAGGUUGUGGAAUUGGUUGAUUGGGAUGCUGAAUUGGGAUUGGCUGAGGUUGAGAAAUGGAGGGAGAGAGAGUACACAGAGAAGUGGUUGAGUGAGUUUGAGACCAAGUUUGCAUUUCCCAUUAGUUUUCCAACUGGGUUUAAGAUUGAGAGAGGGUUUAGAGAGAGGUUGAAGAAUUGGCAGAGGCUUUCAUACAGUAAGCCUUAUGAGAGGAAGGAGGUUGUUAAGGUGAGAACAUGUGGAGGGAUUGAGCGGUAUGAGAAAAGGGCCGUGGCUGUUCUUCAUGAGCUAUUGAGCUUGACUGUGGAGAAAAUGGUUGAGGUUGAUCAACUGGCUCAUUUUCGGAGAGACUUAGGUAUUGAAGUUAAUAUGCGUGAAUUGUUGCUAAGGCACAAUGGUAUAUUUUACAUAUCAACUAAAGGGAAGACUCUAACUGUUUUUCUUCGGGAAGCAUAUAGUAAAGGGGGUUUGAUUGAGCCAAAUCCUUUGUAUGAGGCGCGUAGGAAUAUGUUGGAUCUUGUAUUGUUAGGGCGUAGGAAUAGCAGACAAUUGUUGGCUUGUAAUGAUCCUAAGGAAGAGAGUAAUGUGGUAGUAUGUGAAGUGAAUGAGGAAGGUGAAAGACAAGGGGAUUGGGUGAUUCCUUUUUUGGAGAAUUGUGAGGAGAGUAGAUCCCCUUGA